AUGGCUGUAUUUGAUGAUAGCGCCUAUGGGGAGGCAGGGCAGUUUGAAGAGGUAGAUAUGCCAGAGGACGGGCGGGAGGAGAUGCACCAGACCACCGUGCGUACAGACAGUGCUCCUGAUGUCCUCUCCCCGCUCUCUGACUCCAUCCUGGCCGAGAACACGGUGAUCGUCCUGGAUGACCGCGUCACCAUCGCCGACCUGGGCAUGCAGCUGGUGGCUGGCUUGUCUCUUGCCCCGAAGCCUCACAGAGCGGACAAAAGAGCCAUCGUCUCGAUGGUGGCUGCCCAGGACGUUCCCCGAGCCCCGCAGCAGGUGGUUUUUCUUAGUUGUUGGAUUUUGUUCAGUGAUGGUUCGGUGACACCCUUAGACAUUGACGAUCCCAAGGAUUUUUCAGUUACUGUGUCAUCAUUGGAUGAAAUGGUGGUGUCUGUCCAGGCAAACCUUCAGUCCCAAUGGCCAGUUGUGGUUGCACAGGGUGAAGGGCAAGGUCCCUUGAUUAAACUAGAGAUGAUGAUUAGCGAACCCUGUCAGAAGACCAAGAGGAAGAGUGUUCUUGCCGUGGGUAAAGGAAACGUCAAGGUCAAAUUUGAACCAAAUGUUGAUGAGCACCUAGGAGGCACCAACGAUAUCGAGGGCAUCAGUCGGGAAUACAAAGGCCACUUCAGUAAUUCCAUACAGCGUGAAGGAAACCAGGAGAGAGCGGUUCAGGAGUGGUUCCAACAUGGCGCCUCUGUUGGCCAAGAGGAACGUAGCAACAGAAGCACAACCCCACAGUACCCCCUGGAAGGAAAGGAUAAGAAGUUGCUCAAGAGUGGCGGUCCAGACUCCUUCACAAGCUUCCCCACUCAAGGGAAGUUACCGGAACCGAAUAAUCCCAGUGACCUUACAGUGACCUCGAGGGGGUUAACUGACUUGGAGAUCGGCAUGUACGCUCUGCUCUGUGUCUUCUGCUUGGCCAUUUUGGUCUUCUUAAUCAACUGUGUGGCAUUUGCUUGGAAAUACAGACACAAAAGGUUCGCUGUGAGCGAACAAGGCAACAUCCCCCAUUCCCAUGACUGGGUCUGGCUUGGGAAUGAAGUAGAACUUCUGGAAAACCCCGUGGACAUCACCCUCCCGUCGGAGGAGUGCACAACCAUGAUAGACAGGGGGCUGCAGUUCGAGGAGAGGAACUUCCUUCUCAACGGCGGCUCCCAGAAGACUUUCCAUAGUCAAUUACUCUUUUAG